AACCCAGCACUCAUUUUUAUGUAUAUAUAAAAAAAAACACCUCAGUUUUCUAGUGCGCUACACCCUGCUACUUCACCUUAUAAAAUCGCCGACACAUUGAAACAGAGUCUAACCCUCUUUCCUUGGCUUUCACUCUAUUGGUUCUAUUUUUCAUGCCUGCACUGGCGUAUUUACGGUUAUACCCUUCUGGUUAUGAUAGCUUCCAAUCGGCGUGAGCCACAGAGCCGAAGCUCUUCUCUAGCUCUCGGCUUCCCUCGCCUCAGGUAUUUUAGGUACCGUCGAUUGAGGUACAGAGAAAGCCAUCUAGCCAGCCGAUCAGAAAUUCGUUAAAUUCCAGCUUUACCCUUCUCUGUAAAUAUAUAUAUUUUCUUUUAACGGUUACUUCCAUGCCGAACUCGAAGAACCACCGUAACGGCCAGUUUGAGAAUCACCGGCGGGGGAAGUUAACGGAGAGAUCAUCCUCUUUCUACGGUCACACGCCGUCGUCGUCGUCCGCCAUGGCCGGCGCGCAAAUCCGGCGGCCGAAGACGGUGCCGGACCUACUGUCAGACAGGAAACGCGUGACCACGGCGGCCGCCGCGGAGGUUUUCCCUAGACAGCCGCCGAAGUUGUUGCUGAAGGUGACGACGAUGGGAAGCCUGGGACCGGUGCAGGUGGUGAUGACGCCGGAAUCAACGGUCGGAGAUUUAGUGGCGGCGACAGUGCGGCAAUACGCGAAGGAAGGUCGCCGCCCAAUCUUGCCGUCGAACGACCCUUCCAACUUCGACCUCCAUUAUUCUCAGUUCAGCUUAGAAAGUUUGGAUAGGAAGGAGAAGCUAAGGGAUAUUGGAUCUAGAAACUUCUUUCUGUGUCCGCGAAAGUGUGGUGGUGGUGGUGAUGGUAAUGCAACGACGCCGUUUGCUUCGUGUUCCAGAGAGGCUGAGAAAGCGAGCAAGGGCGGUGCGUUUGGUUGGUUAAGGUUCAUGGAUUUCUUACUGUGAAAAUGAUUCGAGGAAAGUGUGUUCCGUUUGGCGCUGCCAAACACUGUUAUUAAUUUGCAAUCAUUUUGAUUUUUUUUAAUUCGGAAUGAAUGUAAAAAUAGGUGGGCCAUUAGUUGUAGAUUUGUGGGCAUGGCAAAGCAACGCCGCAUAUUUGUCUUUAUGAGAUGAUGCUCAGAUUCUUAUCUUUAUGCUAUUUCGUUCAUUUUUCUCUUUUUUAAAGAAUUUUUCUGCCUUUGUUUUUUGGUCUCUGGCUCUUUCUUUACCUGCUGCAUGCGAAGCAAUUCCAUUGCGCAGGUAUGAAAUGGUUGUACCUUCUUACAUAAUCAAAGUUAGUGACGUUGAUAUUUACGAUUCCAUGAGUAUAAUUUAUUCUUGCUCUGUACUCCAUCACUUUACUUAACGGGAGUGGACAUGUUGCAGUUCACGCUACGCUACUAUAAUAUGUUGUGUGUGUUAAGUUUUUGUUUAUUUCUCUCAC